AUACACAGGCAGAGAAUGUAAACUAACAUCAAAGAUCCCAGACUCCCAUAAUAAAUUAUUUAAUACUGAAUACAAUUUUAGAGGGUCAAAAAGUGGAGAAAUUUGCCCUAGGGUCGUGGGAGAACAAAGCUCUUGGAAUUUCGACACAAAGUGUCUCAGGUUAGCCAGGCGAACUCCGAACACCCUCAAGUAGAGUUUUGCCAAGUGGGGGAUGCUGAAUCGGAGGGAGAUAAAAAGUUGGCCUGCCAAUUAGCCAUUCUUAAUCGUGGUUUCUUCUGCUUCCGCCAUAAUCGUACACCGAGCCCGACUCCGGCGGGUGAACACGUAGCAACGUCAGACAGCUGACUUGGAAAGCAGUUUGCUAUUGUGGCUCUGAUGCUUUUCUGGGAAACAGAGGAGUCUGGACCAUUCUGUACGGUAAUGAACACAGAAACACAAUUCACAAAAGCCUGCGCGAACUCCCGAGCACUUUGCCAGCGGCCGGCCAGUUGUCUCGCGAGACGACGGGUGCGCAGACGGCACACACGCAGUGCCCAAGUUUUGCUUUCGAACUCCAGGGUGCGGAAGGUGUUUGUGGUGCAGCCUCUAAUCGCUCAGAAAUCAAUCUCCAUUCCAUACCGCAAGCUAGUCCUUCGACCGCUAUGGAAAGACAGCAGGGGCAAGAAAGCUGCGCAACGCUAGCACUUGCCCAGGCUCACUUCAAGAAGGGCGAGUACGCCGAGGCCGAGGCGCUCUACUCCGCUUACAUUGGGCAGUGCGCCUGUGCGGUCUCUGUCCGCGCGAGUCCCGGGAGCAAAUGCAGCCCUGAGGAUUUGGCUACUGCGUAUAACAACAGGGGGCAAAUCAAGUACUUCAGGGUUGAUUUUUAUGAAGCAAUGGAUGACUACACAUCUGCCAUAGAAGUCCAACCCACUUUUGAAGUUCCGUAUUACAACAGAGGGUUGAUACUGUAUAGACUGGGAUAUUUUGAUGAUGCUUUGGAAGAUUUCAAGAAGGUAUUAGACUUAAAUCCUGGAUUUCAAGAUGCUACUUUGAGCUUGAAACAGACUAUUCUAGACAAAGAAGAAAAACAAAGAAGAAAUAUUGAAAAAAAUGACUGAAAUGUUAAACUUAAUCAAAAUACUAAUACAUGAUCUUUACACCUUCAUUUAGUUGUGUAAUUAAAAUAAAUACUGAGCCAUUUUGAUUUACACUUAAGAUAAAGAGAUUCAUAUAUUAGCACUGAAAUGUAAAUAAUGCACUUAAGGUAGUUAAUUCUAGGUUGAAUUAACGUUUUUUGUUUUUUUUUUUUAUGAAGUGUAAAUAAAUAAUACCAGUGUAUACGUGUAUAUGAUUAUAGUAAAAUAUU